UGAUGUGGGACAUCCUUUUUUCACUACAAUAUAUAAUACUGAGUUAACAUUCAUUUUUUAUUGGUCAGUGGCAGAAUCUUUUUUGAAUUCACUGUUAUUGUGCGUAUUUAGCUAAGUGCGAGGUCUUACCUGAACAGAAAAAAAUCCAGAACAUUAAUGGACACAAUGGAAAUUGAUGACACCUUAUUAUAUAUGGACGGCAAUCUCAUCACUCAAGUGAAUUUUCGCAGAAGAAACCAGAUCCUCAGAUGUGUCACUGUGAGCCUCGGAUUACUGUGUGCUGUCCUGUUGUGCAGUAACAUAAGUCAAUUUAUAUUCUAUGAGAUCAUCCAUCCUACAUCAGGAGACCAAACACAGCCAUAUCACAAUACACUCACUCAAAAUAAGGAGAAACUCCAAAAUGAUAAUGACAACCUGACUGCAGAGAGGGACAGACUGGAGAUCAGUUAUGAUGCUUUGAGUAAGGAGACUAGACAGUUAAAGAUCAUACUGAGCAACCUCACAAAAGACAAAGAUGAGCUGCAGCACUAUUACAGUUAUUUGAUUACUAAACGUAAUGAGCUGCAGGCCAAUUUCAGCAAUGUGAAAAAUGAGAAGGACCGGUUACAAACAAAUUUCAUCAACUUAAAACAAGAGAGAGAUCAAUUCGAGACAAACUACACUGACAUGCAGAGGAAGCUUGAGGGCUUACAGACUAAUCACAAUAAUCUGACAGCAACUGCAGAGCAGCUACAAACCAGCUACAAUAACCUCCAAAGAGAAAAGGAUGCAUUAAGCGUUCUUUUUACUGCACUGAGAGUAAAAGAAGUCCAGCUAGAAGGUAAUUACACUGUGUUAAAGAGGGAGAAAGACCAGUUACAAAGAAGCUACAAUAGUCUGAAUAGAAACAAACAUCAAACUGACCAGAGCUAUAACACCCUGCGGAAAGACAAAGAGCAACUUCAAACCAGGUAUAAUACUUUGAGGAAGGAAAAGGAACAGUUACAAACCAACUACAGUCGUUUGACUACAGCUAGAGAAGAGUUACAAUCGAAAGUCAAAAGGAUGACCACUAAACUAAGCGGCAUUCCUUGUCAGGCCCACUGGAGAAGGUUUGACAUAAGCUGUUAUUUUGUCUCAACCUUGAAGAAAAACUGGACAGAAAGCAGAAAAGCCUGCAUCGCUGAAGGUGCAGAUCUACUUGUCAUAGACAGCGCUGAGGAACAGCUUUUUGUCAACGAAUUACUGGACAAGAGCGAGAGGCAAAAUGCUUGGAUUGGCCUCACUGACACACUUACAGAGGGGGUUUGGACCUGGGUGGAUGGGACCCCUAUUACCAUAGAAUACUGGCAGCCUGGGCAGCCUAAUGACUUCAAAAGCCAGGACUGUGGAGAAUAUGUUUCAACUGAUAAAGGAUCAUGGAAUGACGAUGGCUGUUUCGCAGCACAAAAUUAUAUUUGUGAGAAAUAAGAUCAACAUGACUUACAGUGUUAACUAAAGGUUUGGACUGGGGUUCUUAAGUUUAUUAAUAGACAAUAUUCCAGAUUUUUGGCUCUGUCAUCAUAAAAAACACCCACACAAGUUCAUUUCAAUUCAGUUUUAUUUAUAUGGCACCAAAUUACAAUGACAGUAGCCUCUAUGUCCUUUAUUUUGUAGGGUAAAGAAAAAUAGCAAUAAUCCAGCCUGGAAGUAACAAAUCCAUGGAAUAGUUUUUCAGCAUCACUCUGACACAAAAUGCUUCUAAUAUUGGAGAAAAUGAGCAAUUAAUUACCCUAAGUAUUGUCUUUGAAGCCAAAUCCUGAUGAUUUUAACUUACCAUAUUCAUCUGUUCCAAAGAGUUUUGUUUUUGCCAGAACUGAUAAAAAAAAAAAAAAAG